AUUGCGGCGAGCACAUGCCACGAGCCAUUGCGCGCAUGCACAUCGUCGCGGGUCUGCCACCGUCCCUCACGUUGCCCAGCAAGGGUGAAUAAAGCCAUUUCGGCGGAUAAAAACGUUGUGUGCGCCAGGCACGCCGCGACUGCAACGUCGUUGCGCGGGCAUACAGACAGACACUUGAGGUGUCGUUGAGAGAAACCUGUUGCAAAGCCUCACCACCACGACAACGCCCUACCCGCAUCCCGCCAUACACAACACACCCACACACACACGGUCAUGGCUCCUCCGCCCGCGCCUCCGCCGGACCUGCGGGUGCUCUGCCGCAAGCUCACCUCCAUCCCGCCGGCGCAGCUCCCGCACGCGCUGCCCGCCCUCGCCAGGCACGUCGUCCGCUGCAGGGAUGCGCUGUCGGCGCCGCACGAGCAAAAGCCCAAGGACGACGCUUCCUCGCAGGGUGGCGGCUCCUCUUCCUCCUCCUCCACCGCCGGGCUCGUUCACAAGCUCAAGACCACCGUCACGACCCUCCUCAAUGGCCGCUCCCGCGAGGCUAGGUUCGCCGCCGUCGGCCUCGUCAAGGCUGUCGUGGAUGUCGGCGGCUGGGAGAUGCUCCGAGCCUCCGAGCCCUGGGCCCGUGGCUUGCUCUCCAUUAUACAAAAGGGCGACUCGUUUGCCGCCAAGGAGCUCGCCGUCAUCACCCUCACCCGCAUCUACGUCCUCGUGCAUCCCUAUCAGACCCUCGUCAGAGAGAUCGCGACGCCCACGAUCCCGGCCUUUGCCACCGCGUGCCUCCAGCUCAUCAAGCCCCCGGCCUCUGGCCCGGCUUCGACGGCGCCCCUGGCCUUUGUUCAGACCGUCUGCGAUGCCUUUUCGACGCUCAUCCCGCUCUACGCCGCCACCUUCCGUCCCUUCGCCUCGCAAAUCAGGUCCGUCGUGAGGCCUCUGCUGGCGCCCACGAGCUCCGACGAGACUUUGGUCCCCCACUCGCUUCAACGGUCGGCGGGUCGGCUUGCCAUAUCGCUGCACCAUGUUGCCGCCAAGUCCGGCGGCAGCGAAGAGUGGUCCAAAACCGUCGACGCCGUUCUGAGGCAGUUGCACGCCACUGCUGACCAGGUCCUGCGCGCAGUGGACGAGUCUUGGGACGCUUCCGGUGGCUAUGGCAAGACGCCAGUCGACUUUGCUGAAGAGCCCAAGGGAGGAAGCACGUCCGCGGACCAGCUGCCACCGUGGACCGGCUUGAGCGCCGGAAUCGAGCGACUCACCGGACUCUUCCGCCACCUUUCCGACUGCCUCCUUAGUCCGACCAAGGGAUCUGUCACCAUUCCCAUAAGCGCCUUAACGGACGCCAUCUCCCGGGUCUGCCUGAUAGCCAGGCAGUCGCCCAAGUCCCAGACGUGGGAGCAAGCUCUCGAGACGAACGCCGCCGUCGGCAGAGAUGAACGGGAUGAACUGUGGAGCUUGAUGCCCGAGGUGCACAUGGCUGCUCUCGGGCUCGUGCAGACAAUGCUUCGGAGGCUAGGCCAGGGCUUGCUGCCGUUGGUCUCCGAGGUCCUGGACCACCUUGUCCGCGUCUUCAAGUCGGGCAUGGACAUACCCGACGUGCGCAAGAGCGGAUACGUCGUCCUUGAUGGUCUCUUGGCCCUGUCAGGGCACACGCUGUCGAAGCCCACAGUCACGUUGCUCGAGCCCCUCGUCGCCGCCUGCUGCCGAGACCUCCAGCAAGACGCCGGCUUCCUCAAACCCGCCAGCAAGCCGACCGCCGCCCAGGGCAAAGACGCCAAGAAGCCCGCCGUCGCCAACGUCGACCUCUUUCUGCAGCCCCAGGCCUCUUCCGCCGAAGAGGUGUCCGUCCUGCCGCCGGACCACAAGGCCACCGCCGACGCCCUGCUCGCGACCCUACUCUCCGCCCUCCCGCAGCAGCACCUCAAGCCCACCCUGCGCGGCCUGCUCGACAAGACGGCCAUCCUGACGCAGAGCCGCGACGCCAUGCUGGCGAGCGUGCUGAACCCCUUCAAGGACCAGCGGGGCCGCAUGUACCCCAGCAUCCUGCCCCAUCUGGCGCGCGCGUUCCCCCACGACCAGGGCCUCGAGGUGCUGCGCAGCAACCUCCGCGUGAGCGUCGUCGCGGGCGGCAGCGACAUGCUCGCGUCGGUCGACGAAGUUGAGCGGGAAGAGUACGAAGACGAUGCCGACGCGCCCAUGGCCGAUGCCGAGGCGGACGAGGGCAACGAGCCCGAGCCACCGCCAUCAGGCAAUGGGGUCCACGCCUCUGGAACCCUGCCAUCCGAGCCGCAAGUCGAAAUCGACCUGCCGGUGCAGAGCAAUCCCUUUGCGCCAACCGCAGACAGGGCUUCCCGGGCCGAGUCGCCGCCCAAGCGCAAGCACCACGGGUCAGACUCGAACCCGCCCAAAAGACAGGAGCUCGAGAAACCGGUGCCGACAGCUGAGCCGGCUAGGGCCGUCCCACCUCCACCGCAGGCGCAGGCACAAAACGACGAGGGCGAGGAGGAUGACGACGACGACGACAGUGACGUCAGCGUGCAUCUGAACAUGGAACUCGAGAACGACGAGGACGACGACGGGAGCGACGAGUAGGAAACAGAGAAAGAGGAGGAGGCAUAUUAGACGAUGCAUUUAUACUAUGCAGCUAAGUAAUGUGGAUGGGCGUCUAUGACCCCCCGUCUCGGG